AGUGGCUUUUAUUUUUUUGAUAUCUGAGUAAAAACUGCAUUUUCAAAGCUUCUGAUUUAAAAUCCUAACAAAUCAUGACACAGAAUUAGUCUAUUUAUGGCUACAAAAAGCAAGUCUCAUUAUGCAGUAAGUACUAGCUGUUUAUAGAUCUGGCAGUUUGUUGGAAGCCAUCCAAAACUAUAGUGCUAUUAUUCCUUAGUAAAAUUUAAACAGCUGUGUAGUCAUGUAAUUCAAAACCCUGGAAGGCUGCUGCAGUGCUUGUUCUACUUCAGUAUACCAUGAAUGCAGGAUGCAGCCAGUCACAUAAAGGAUUCUCUUCUUCACAGAAUGAAAGAAAGACGUGAACUACAAACCUGAAUGCAACCUGAAAGGUCCAAAUAGAUGAGCUUGUGACAGCCUUUUCCAGUGCCCAGGGAUCCCACAUACCCCAGCUGUGCCUCCUCAGAUCCGUGCAACACUAAGACUAUCCAAAAAUUUCAACUGUUCCAGCUGUCGCAGAAAAUAACUGGGGCCAGCUGAAUGUCAGGAUGCAAGUAGUUACUAUUAUACUACUAUUUCUUCUUUGUAAAACAUUCGACUGUAGGAAGACAAGAAAUAGGAGUUUGAGAAACAAUGAAAGGGAAAACAUCUUAAGGAAAGCACCUAGCCCUGUUAAGCGCAAUGCCCGAGGCCUACCAUGUGACAUAUACACUUAUCUUCAUGAGAAAUACCUAGAUUGUCAGGAAAGAAAAUUGAUUUUUGUGGCACCUGAUUGGCCAGAGGAUUUAAAACACAUGCUGCUAGCAAGAAACAGGAUUCGUAAAUUGAAGAAUAAUAUGUUUUCCAAGUACAAAGUACUGAAAAGUCUGGAUUUACAGCAGAAUGAUAUAUCAAAAAUUGAGAGUGAGGCUUUCUUUGGUUUGAAUAAACUUACCACACUCUUACUUCAGCAUAACCAAAUCAAGAGCUUAUCUGAGGAGAUUUUUAUUUAUACGCCCAGUCUAAACUACCUACGUCUUUAUGAUAAUCCCUGGCAUUGCAACUGUGAACUAGAAACUCUUGUUACAAUGCUACAGGUCCCAACAAACAGGAAUUUGGGAAAUUAUGCCAAGUGUGUGCACCCAAUAGAACUGAAAAAUCAAAAGCUAAAGCAGAUAAAAGCUGAACAGCUAUGUAGUGAAGAGGACAGGCAGGACCCCCAAAACAUAAAAAGAGAGAAGCCUGAAGCUGUCAAACCAGAAUUUGAUUCCUCUUUUUGCCACAUGUAUGUGUUUCCUGUACCAACUCUGAACUGCAAAAGAAAAGAUUUAAAGAAAGUUCCAGGUAACAUACCUCCAGAUAUAGUUAAACUUGAUUUGUCCAACAACAAAAUUAGACAACUACGAGCCAAAGAGUUUGAAGAUGUCAGUGAACUGAAGAUAUUAAACCUAAACAGUAAUGGAAUAGCUUACAUUGAUCCUGCUGCUUUCUCAGGCCUCAAUAACUUAGAGGAGCUGGAUCUAUCAAACAACAGCUUGCAGAAUUUUGAAUAUGGAGUACUGGAAGAUCUUUACUUUCUGAAAAUACUGUGGCUGAGAGAAAACCCUUGGAGAUGUGACUACAACAUUCAUUAUCUUUUCUACUGGUUGAAGCAUCACUACAAUGUUCACUACAAUGGCCUAGAAUGCAAAAUGCCUGAGGAAUACAAAGGAUGGUCUGUCGGAAAAUAUGUUCGAAGUUAUUAUGAGGAGUGCCCAAAAGACAAGAUGCCCAUUUAUCCAGAAACUUUUGAUCUGGACAAAGAUGAUGAGGAAUGGGAACGACACAAAGAACAAUCAGUUCAAACAGUAAAGAAGCAUGGUGUAAUUGUCACUGUGAUAGGCUAAUAUGUGAAUUUUUUUUUUUUAGUACAUUCAAAUAUUUGAUACUCUGACAAAGAAAAACAUGUUGUUUACAUUUUUUGUUAAUUAUACUGAUUGUGUGUAGGACUAUCUGGCUACAAAGAUUUCUGUUUAUUGCAGUGAAUAAUUACAGAAUAACAUUAGUUAUACAGCAUCUUUCAUCAAGUAAUAAUAGUCUCUGACAAUUUGUUCUGGACAUUCUUUUGAAAUAUUUUGGCAAAUGUUUCGAACUAUAAGUAGAAAUAGACACAAAUGUACAUAAUGUGGUGAGAAGAAGCUGUCUUAUGUAUGAACACAGCUGCUUAUGUGUUGAGACAGAACGUGCUGCAGGAUUGUGACCAAGAAACAUUUUUCUUGAAUGUAUUGACUGUUCUUUCUAUCUAUCAGAUUCCUGAAAUAUUCCCAGAAAACACUUCUAAGAUUUUUGUAUCUGUUUCCUGUUGGUUUAUUAUAUAUAAAAAAAUCAAACCGAAGACUAACCUUAAAUACAGUUCUAGAAAAA